AUGAUCCCAAUGAACACGCACGAAGACAGCACAAUUACCACCACAUCUGCACCACCAACGCCUGUUACUCGCGGUCUAUGGUCGGAGCAAGAGCAUGAACAGUUCCUACAUGCCAUGAAAAUGUUCCCGACGGGACCAUGGCGCUCGAUUGCUGCCUUCAUUGGUACGCGGUCGAUCAAGCAGGUACAGACGCAUGCUCAAAAGUACCAGCAAAAGAUCAACCGUCGACGUCGUGGUCUUCGAAAACAGAAAAAGAAAUUCGUGCGCCCCGAGCACCGGGUGGACGCCCAUGCUACGGGUUGCAUUCAGCGUGUCAAGAAUUUUGCCGUGCAGGGCUCACCUCGCUCCCCAUCAGCAUUUCCUGUUGGUGCCAUGUCUCCGCUGAGCUGUGGCUUUGGACAGCAUCUCGCGGGUAGCUGCAGCCCUGUGGCAAGCGAUGGCGGGAGCUGCUGUAGUAGCUUAGAUAUGGACGUUGAUUUCAGUAUGGAAACUCUACUCUGUGAUAUGGAGCCACUGCCGUUCACAUUGGGCGUAUCCUACGAGGAAGUAUUGGCCAACGAAGACUACCGACAAGACGUGCAGGAGUCCAUUGACCUGCUUCUUGCUUAA